CCCAACACAUACAUCACACAAUUACUUCACUCUAACGGAUAAAGCCUGCUCCUCGCACUCCAAGAACUCCUUCCAGAACCCUUGUCACCUUCAAGAAGAGGUGAAGGAGAAGGAAGAAGAAGAGUCGAAAUGCUUGCAAACCCUGUGCUUCUUGGCGGAACCGUUCCCCCGCUUUCUAUCCCACCCUUGUUCUCUCUCAGAAAGCGAACCCUAAGUCUACCCUCCUCAUCCCACCGCAUUCUCCCAAGUGAGAGCGGGGAGCGUUCGCGCCGCAGUUCCUUUUGUCUCCAUUCUUUCUGCGCGAGAAGAACUCAACUUAGAGUUUCGAUGGAGUCGGAAGUCACGGAGAACGCUGAAGAAGAGAGCACUUCGGCGCCGCAGAAGCACUCGGUCAGGAUCCCCGUGGGCGACCGACAUAUUUUGGUUGAAACUGGUCAUAUUGGGAGGCAAGCUAGUGGUUCUGUUACGAUUACUGAUGGUGAAACUAUAGUUUAUACGUCUGUUUGUUUAGCUGACGUGCCCAGCGAGCCUUCUGAUUUCUUCCCACUUUCUGUAUUUUAUCAAGAGAGGCUUUCUGCUGCAGGUCGUACUAGCGGUGGAUUUUUCAAGCGGGAGGGCAGAGCCAAAGAUCAUGAGGUUCUUAUUUGCAGAUUGAUAGAUAGACCUCUGCGUCCCACAAUGCCAAAAGGUUUCUACCAUGAAACUCAGAUUCUUUCAUGGGUUUACAGCUAUGAUGGCAUUCAUUCCCCAGAUUGUUUGGCUGUUACAGCAGCAGGCAUAGCAGUAGCCCUCUCAGAAGUUCCAAACACCAAAAUAGUAGCGGGAGUUCGAAUUGGUCUGAUCGGUGAUAAGUUUAUUGUUAACCCAACUACAAAAGAGAUGGAGUCAUCAGAGCUUGAUCUGAUGCUAGCUGGAACUGACAGUGCUAUCAUGAUGAUAGAAGGGUUUUGCAACUUUCUUGCCGAGGAGAAGUUGCUUCAAGCUAUGGAAAUUGGGCAUGCUGCAGUUCGUGAGAUUUGCAGGGAAGUUGAAACUUUAGUCAAGAAAUGUGGAAAGCUAAAAAUGGUCGAUGCAAUUAAAUUACCACCGGAUGAGCUUUAUAGACAUGUUGAAGAUAUUUCAGGUUAUGAACUAGUGGAAGCUUUACAAAUAAGUAGAAAAAUACCAAGAAGAAAGGCUCUUUCUGUUCUGGAAGAGAAAGUUAUAAGAAUUCUCACCGAGAAUGGGUAUAUUGCCAAGGAUCUGGUGUCUGGAACCACUGAACCGGUAAUUGAUGAUUGUCAUAGUGAGGAUGAUGAUGAGGAGAUUGUGUCUGAUGGUGAAGUUGAUGAAGGAGAUGUUCAUAUCAAGCCGAUUCCUCGGAAACCCAUCCCAUUGUUGUUUUCAGAAGUUGAUGUGAAGCUAGUUUUCAAGGAAGUUACUUCAAAAUUUCUCCGCAAACGAAUUGUUGAGGGUGGGAAAAGAAGCGAUAGUCGAAUUCCUUCAGAGAUUCGCUCAAUUUCCACACAAUGUGGACUACUACCACGAGCACAUGGAAGUGCACUUUUCACUCGUGGAGAAACACAGUCUCUUGCAGUUGUUACUCUUGGAGACAAGCAAAUGGCACAAAGGAUUGAUAAUCUUGUUGACACAGAGGAUGCAAAGAGGUUUUAUCUUCAGUACUCGUUUCCUCCAUCUUCUGUUGGUGAAGUUGGGCGAAUUGGUGCACCUAACAGGAGGGAAAUUGGUCAUGGAAUGCUUGCUGAGAGAGCGCUGGGACCUAUCUUACCCUCUGAGGAGGAUUUUCCUUACACUAUUCGUGUUGAAAGUACCAUUACUGAAAGUAAUGGUUCCUCCAGCAUGGCAUCUGUUUGUGGAGGUUGCCUAGCGCUUUUAGAUGCUGGAGUUCCUCUUAAAUCCUCUGUUGCUGGAAUAGCAAUGGGUUUAGUCUUAGAGACUGAAGAAUUUGGUGGAGAUGGAACACCAUUGAUACUUUCUGAUAUUAGUGGAUCUGAAGAUGCAUCUGGUGACAUGGAUCUCAAGGUUGCUGGUAAUGAGAACGGAAUUACUGCUUUCCAGAUGGACAUAAAGACUGCAGGAAUCACUUUACCAGUGUUGGAAAAAGCACUUUUUCAAGCAAAAGAUGGGCGGCGUCAUGUCCUUCGUGAAAUGUUGAAGUGCUUGCCUCCUCCAUCCAAGAAGAUUUCAAAGUAUGCCCCAUUGAUUCACGUUAUGAAGGUCAAACCAGAGAAAAUUCAUCUUAUUAUUGGUUCUGGCGGGAAAAAAGUGAAAAACAUUAUUGAAGAGACUGGAGUAGAAGGGAUAGAAACCCAAGAUAAUGGAAUAGUUAAAAUUACCGCUAGGGAUUCGUCCAGUUUAGAGAAGUCUAAAGCCAUAAUAGCUAAUCUAACAAUGGUUCCAACAGUUGGUGACAUCUUCAGGGAUUGUGAAAUUAAAUCAAUCGCACCCUAUGGAGUUUUUGUAGAGAUUGCACCAGGGCGUGAGGGACUUUGCCAUAUUAGUGAGCUUAGUUCGGAAUGGUUAGCUAAGGCUGAGGAUGCCUUUAAAGUUGGAGAUCGCCUAGAUUUAAAACUUAUUGAGGUAAACGAAAAGGGACAACUGCGACUGAGCCGUCGUGCUUUGCUUCCGGAGUCGAACCCUGACAGCCCUACUUCUCAUAAACAAACAAGCUUGGGAGAGAAGGAUGAUUUUGUUAACGCUGCCUCAAAAAUAGCUUCUAUUAAAGUUGACCCAACUGAGCAGAAAUAUGUACUGCCUGUGAAUAAUACCAUGGAAAACAAGAUUCCUUCAAAGAAAUCUGCUUUCGCUAGAAAAGCUACUUCAGUCCCUGCUAAAGCUGAGGAAAUAAUUAGAAAAUUAGUUCGUCCUGUGAGAGAUGGCUUAGUUGUUAACAAAGAGAAACAAAGCAAGAGUAAUGCAAAAGUUGUUUCCCGGGUAUCCUCUAGAGAUGAAUCUAAUUUAGUCGACGAUGAAGCCAAAAUUCGGUGACCAGAGCUGCAAAUAUAAUAGUCAAGAGAAAUAACAUUUCAUUAGAUGUUCGAGAAAACAUCGUCUUGUGAUGCUAACUCAGAGUAUUCAGAUUUCUGACAACUCUAUUCGAAAGGAUUUCUCUCUCCAUUUUUGAAAUUUAUCAUUUCCUUGAAGACGAUAUAGCGCUGGAUCUUCAUCUGUAUCAUAAAGAAGACUGGACGCCAUUUGCAAGUUCUGAUAACAAUGAUUUGCAUGCAAUACAUAUAAAUACUUUGUAUGUAAUAAUUUGUGAUGAUGUUGCUAUAUGGCCAUGGACAUAUAUAUAUAUAUAUAUAUAUACAGUAUGUAAAGCUCUCAGAUAAUCAACUUUUAACUGCAUGAUGGGAGCUGACAAGUUGGUUUUUAAGUGCGUAGUUAUUUCAUUGCAGGUGUACUUAAAUGAUCAUUUGUUCAGAAUGCGACUGGUUGAUUGGAGGCAUUUUGUUACA